AUGGUCCGCCCAGACAAGAGAUGCGAUGGGUGUUGGACAUGUCGACUUCGCCGAAAAAAAUGUGAUGAAACACGACCUGAAUGCGCCAAUUGCACUGGGCUGCAAAUUACUUGCCAUUACGGCAGGCUAAAACCCGAAUGGCUUGAUGGGGCUGAGAAGCAGGAGGCUAUGGCUGCCAAAAUCAAGUCGCAGAUUAAACAACAAGCCGGCUAUCGUCGAGAGAAACAUCACGCUUCAGCAGUAGCCAUGAGCUUUGCAGCAACAGCCCAGGAAAGAGAAGAUUCCGAAUUCGUCAAUCUCUUCCCGAGACAUGACCUCUCUUCAGAUGAAGCGAGAUCCCACAUUGAUGCCAUGUGGCCAAAUGCGACAACUACAUUAGGAGGCGAUGGCCAAGACUCGAUGGGGGUCGACCUGAGUAAACACGAAAUUCCCGAGACUCUACCAGGAUUCAACUUUGCAUACAGUCCCCAGUUGGGGUCCAGGCCUGGCUCAGAGAUACUCUCGUCCUGGGGAGAAGAUGAGAUGAAUCAUCUUAUGAGAUACUUGGACCAUGUGUUUCCGUUUUUAUUUCCAUUCUACCGAACCAGUCUGCUUGAUCCCGGACGAGGCUGGAUCUUCCAACAUAUUGCACAGAGCAGGGUCUCUUUUCAUUCAGUAAUAGGUAUAAGCGCCUAUUUUUUCAGCGUUGCUCUAAGCGAAAAAUAUUCAGGACGAGAGCAUGAAAUGUGCAAGACAGUAGUCUGGUCCAAACUCAUACAACAAGCGGAUAUGUGUUUCGAUAUGUUGCAACAGGAUAUACAAGAGCUGAAUGACCGGGGCGAUGAAGCAAGCUUGUUAGAUAAAGUUCGAGUCAUGGAGAGUAUUGUCCAGUUUCUCAUUUUUGAGAUGGCAGUAGGUAGGUCGGCAAACUGGGCCAAUCAUUUAUCGCCUACCAUCGCUCUCUUCCGAGGCAUAUUACAAAAUCACGACCUGAACAACUCUAUAUCUCCAUUAGUCGAUAUUUUGAGUAAGAUUGCUCAGCGUCCACUGUAUGCCCUCAAGAAAGAUCAUUAUGUUUGGGACAAUAGACAAGAAUGCUUUCGAUUCUUCGCCGGCAUUCUUCUCUUCAUUGACACUAUAGCGAGCACCUCUCUUAGACGGCCACCACAGCUACUGGAGUAUCAUCCACAGUUUCUUACCGAUAAAGAUGAUGGAGAAUACAUCAAGGGCGAGGCUCCCAUCCGGCUAUCUAGACUUGUUGGUUGUCACAAUUGGGUUAUUCGUGUCGUUGCAGAGAUCUCGGCGUUGGAUGUCUGGAAGAAAGAGAAUAUGAGAAUGGGCAGCUUUGAGACAGAAUUGGCUGAGCGUGCUCGCUACAUUGAUCAAAUUCUUGAGGAGGGUAUUUUACAGAUGGACAAUUAUUACGCCACCGAUACAGGUAUGUGA